AUGGGCGAUAACAUGCGCGCCCCCGGCAAGGGCAGCCGCUCCUUCGACUAUGUCCUUACUCGUCUCCAAGGCGGGCUCCAUAAGUCUCGAGAGACUGGAGCAGAGCUCAACUCCCUCUCGGGCGCGAUGAACGAGAUCCACGAAACACUGAGUGGUGUCCCGCCCUCGAAUCUCCCUCCAUACCCCCAAACAAUUCCUCCUGUCCAACCGCCCCAGCCACCGCCCCCGACUGAGCCGCCCACUAGCGAGAGCUCGGCGCCAACUCCUGCGACAGUCGUCGAACUACAGUCUCAAAUGCAGGAAUCCCAAGUCUCUCUUGCCUCCUUCGUCGAUAAGAUCUGUAUCAUGGAAGGCAUGCUCUCCGAGCACGAAGCCAUCAAUCGCGAAGUCAGCACCCUCCACGAGCUGAUGGAGGAGGAAAAACGCGAAUUAGACAGCGCACGCUGCAGACGACGUUCGGGGACGCUGCGUGCCGAGGAUCACGAUGGCGGCAAGUACGGAGGCGACGACGACGACGCGCAGAGUAUCACGACCGUCACGCCCCACUAG